GUUUUUCAACUUAUAUGGCGAUAACACGUAUAAAGUGGCGUUUAUAAUUGUAAGAGAUAGAAAUAUUAUCUUAAAUAUGAUUCACAGUACACAGAUGCUUACGUUCUAUGGAACUAUGUGUUUAAUAUUUCUAACCGGAAUUGCUACUUCAACUGAUGAAAAUUUAUCUCAAGAACCGCAGUGUAUACAACCGAUAGAAUAUUUUUUAAAUAUUUCUGAGGAAGUACAAACUAAUUCACUCAACGUCAAUUCUCGUAUCAAACUCAAUAUUUCAUGUACAGAACAAACAAUACGACUGUAUGUCAAAGAAUAUUGUCAUGUUACAUACGAUUUUAACAUCACUACUAACAUUCCUCGGCAUAAUUAUUCGCAUUGGUUAUACGAGCCAUUUUCUACGAAAGAAGGAUUCAUUGACAUCGUUCUCAAGGACCAAUAUGUAGACGAUUUUAAAAUAAAACAACGAAAAAGAGAUAUACGACCUGGAAUAUAUUGGAUAACUGCGAGAUAUAAUUGCAUUUUAGAGAAAGUUGCAACGAUCUUCUUAUAUGUAAAUCAAAUCAAUAAAGUAAAAUAUUUGAUUUUGCCACGUACUCCUGCUGAAUGGAUAUUUCCAUAUUGGAAAAAUCCCGCAACCGAAGCCAAAUUUACUCUUCAAAUAAAACAUGAUUACGCUCAAACAGUUCUAUCACAUAUGCGUGGUGAUCAAAUAGCGCAAAAUGAUCAACUUUAUACUUUAUUCCAUACUACACCUAAAUUAUCCACUCAUUUGGUAGCAANAGCAGUCGUACCAUCCGAAUGUAUCAAUAAAGUUUGGUUAGAUACACAUCUUAUUACUUACGGCAGAUUGCAAGUGAAAAACGACAUUUUAUUCGCAGUGUUUCUUAUAAAUAAUGUUAUUAACCACAAUAUAAAAAAUAACACGUCAUCCUCAUACGUGCAGUAUGUAGUACUUCCAAUAAACUCCAACAAUUACGAAACUAUGGUAACUACUGGACUUGUACUGUUCAGAGACGCUAAUAUUGCAUACAAUNGAGAAGUAGAUUCAAUUAUAAAACAAAUGAAAGUAACAUGUUUGGUUGUACGCAGUGUGCUACAAGAAAUAUUCAGUGAAUGGUUAGUUACAUUGAAACAAUCUGAUCCUUGGUUCCUUGAAGGUUUUUUGACAGUUUACGGAGUUUAUUUAGUCGAUCAAAUUUACAAUGAAACUUUACUGAAGUCGAUUGCGAUCCAGACACGACGAGUAGUUUUUGAAUAUACACAAGCAUAUAUUGAAUCUAGUGUGCCUAUACAAGAAAAUCUAUUUUUUCAAAACGUAACACUUAGUGCCAUGUGGAAAGAAAAAUCAUUUAGUAUAUUCUCUAUGAUCAAUAAUUUCUUUUAUAAGAAAAAUGUUCUAUACAACUCUAUUUUUGAGGAAGCGAUAAAAUUGUAUUCUAUCACUAAGAAUACAUCACGUGAUACAUUUAAUGAACAGUCCAUUCUUGAUAUUCUAUGGGAAAAUGUACGUGUUGUGCCGGCCAUACAUAAAAAUAUUCGUUUAGAGACUAUAAAUAUAAAAAAUGUGAUAACGUCNUGGAUAACACAACAUGGUUAUCCUGUAGUACAAGUAACACGAAACAAUGACGCACAGUCUCUCACAAUAAAAGUUAUAGAUUGUAUCGCAGUGAAUCAAAAAGAAUUGUGUGAACACAAGUGGUGGAUACCUAUAAUUUAUGUAACAAUAUCAAAAAAUAAGUCUAUUACACACCAUUACUCGUACCUNGACCAAGAAAGAAAAGAUAUCGUUGUUUCGAAUAUUGAGGAAGAUGAUUUUAUCGUGAUCACAGAGCAAAAUGGAUAUCGCGUUAACUAUGAUUAUAAAUUUUGGGAAAAGUUUGGUUUCCUUCUGAAAAAUGGAAAGCCACAAAAUUGGGAUAUAUAUGAAGUAUCUGACGUCACGUUAGCCCAAAUUCUCGACGAUGCCUUUUAUUUUUUAAUGCAAAAUACAAAGUACAACGAACAUCCUGUUGUAGGAAUGAGUAAUAUAGACAUGUUUUUCAAUCUUGCUAGCAAUAUACUUUACGUGGAAAAUGCGUACAUAACAUGGUAUCCAAUAUUUAAUGCUCUUCAAUACAUAUCAAAGAUUUUUCCGUUCCCAGAAAGCGGAAAAAUCAAGAAUAAAGCGAUAGAAAUAUUCAACAAAUUUCUUGAAGAUACAUCACAUAAAAAUGUUUCCGAGAAUAGCAUUGAUACUCAAUUAUAUCACGAAGCUUUAAAAUGGACAUGUAUUCUUGGUAGUUCAAAGUGCAAUAAACACCUUACUGAUAUAUUAGAGUGGCAUUUACAAAAUCCUGCACAAAACAAAUUGUUGUUAAGUUGGCAGAAAUGGAUAUAUUGCCAAGGUGUGACAUUAGGAAUUAUAAAUGAUUACAUGUUGUUGCAUACAAUACGAAACAUUUAUUUGUCACAAGAAAAGCACAACCAAUUUUUUCAGCUUUUAUUUUGUCGUGGACACAAUUUUAAAUUAGAAGUGCGUUAUGCACAAGAACAUCAUUUAGGAGAAGAAAGGGAUUUUGUUAACCUUCUUUUUGAUAUUGUUGCAAGGCAUGUAAAAAAGUUUUCUUCACUGGAUAUUAUAAUAAGUCAAAUACAAAAUAAAUUCCUAAGACCGGUUGGCCUACUUGCAGUUGUGAAUUUUAGUAUUAACCACAUAUAUUCAGAUGAAGAUUCUGAAACGAUUACGAAGACUGUACUAGUGAUGGUUACAAAUUUUAUCAACAGAUAUAAUCUAGAAACGCCAAUAUUAGUUAUACACGAAAUCAUUAUGAAGAAAGUUGAGAAUCGUCGUACGUUUAUAAAUGAUAUGAGAAUGAACAUUCGCGAUGUACCUUAUUAUCUCCUAAAUUAUUAAUCAAGUGACAAUAAAUUUUACGAAGUGUUUUGUAUAGACAGUUGCUUUUUAAUUUAAAUAGAAAAUGAAAUCUAUGUAUUGCUUUUAAAACUAAAGUUAUUUUUGUA